AUGGCUACCACCGGUUGGCCACCCAAGCGGCUUGUCUUUCUUUUGUGUCUCUCCUCCUUCACCUUGAUCGUGGUUCUCAGCCAAACGGAGGUGCCCUCAGCCCUUGUUUCUCUGAGCAACGUGACUGAUCAAUUAGCAUCGUUGUCUUUCAAAUCCCUUGUCACUAAAGACCCUUAUAGCGUGUUAUCAAAUUGGAAUUCCAACAUCUCUUUCUGCGACUGGAAUGGAGUUUCAUGCAGUCGUGGUUCACAAAGGGUAGUUACUCUGAACCUCUCCCAAAAGGCUCUUGAAGGUACUCUCUCCCCAUACAUCAGCAAUCUCUCCUUCUUACAAGUUCUUGAUCUUGCAAAUGACAGUUUCCAUGGUCAUCUUCCCAUUGAUUUUAAUCUCCUCCCUCAAUUAGAAAAUCUUUCUAUAGGAAGAAACAAUUUUGAAGGGUUGAUCCCACAAACACUGAGCCAUUGUCGAGGUCUCCAGAAACUGUUAGUACCGUAUAACCAAUUCUAUGGAAGCAUCCCAAAGUUUCUAGGCAGUUUGUCAGAGCUCAAGCUCUUAGACAUGCGUCGUAAUAGGCUCACCGGCACCAUUCCAGUUGCUUUGGCUAAUCUCACAAAACUGGAGGGGUUUCAUGUUGGUCAAAAUCACAUACAGGGCAACGUUCCUCCAGAGCUGGGAAGACUAACCCACUUGAUUUUCUUGAGUGUGCAAGUUAACAAUAUCACUAGUGUGCCUGAGAGCUUGUUUAACAUAUCUGCUCUUCAGGUUUUGAGCAUUGGGUACAAUCAACUAACUGGGCAUCUCCCAAAAGAUGUUGGCCGCUUCCUGCCCAAUCUCCAACAACUCUAUAUGGGUGGAAGCAAUUUUAAUGGCCCUCUCCCGGCUUCUCUUUCUAAUGCUACAAGAUAUCAAGUUCUUACUGCAGAAAGCAAUAUAUUUAGUGGUCCGAUACCAUUAGAACUAGGUAGUCUGUCACAACUCACAUACCUUUCCCUUUGGGGAAAUAUGUUGACCAAUGUCCCUGGCAAUCGUGAGCUCUUCAUUCUCACAUCCUUCACUAGGUGUCGGAUGCUAGAGGAAGUUAAUCUAUCACAAAACCUUUUGAACGGCAUUCUUCCUACCUCUGUUGGAAACCUGACUACCACCUUGUCGAGACUUUACCUUUCCUUUAAUCUGAUUGAAGGUACUAUCCCAUCAGCUCUAGCCAACUUGACCAAGUUAAUUGCCUUAGAUUUGAGAUCCAACAAAAUAAAAGGGCUCAUUCCACCAAAUAUAGGAUCAAUGAACAAGUUACAGGAGUUAAUUCUUUCUGACAAUGCAUUAGAAGGCCCAAUCCCACUAUCAAUCUACCAGUUGGUCCGCAUGUUUGCUUUUAUUAUUGGACACAACAUGCUAAUUGGGUCAAUUUCAAGCUCUAUAAACAAUUUCACUAGUUUGCAAUGGCUGGAUCUAAGCUCAAACAAUUUGUCAUCAACACUACCGCCUGGUCUUUGUGAGUUGAAGGACUUGCAUAACCUAUUUUUGCAAGGCAACUCCUUCACUGGUCACCUACCUUUGGGUCUCGGGAAUUUUGCCGUGAUGAGCUACAUGGAUAUCUCUUCAAACAAGCUGAGUGGAGAGUUGCCUGCAUCAUCAUUAUCAAAGCUCCAAAUGCUAGAGUAUUUGAAUCUCUCUUGGAACAUAUUUGAUGGUCACAUUCCUGAAGAACUUGAACACAUGGUGAACCUUGACACUAUUGACCUUUCCCACAACAAGCUUUCUGGUGAGAUCCCGAAAUCAUUGGAGAAACUUCAACACAUUCAGGUCUUGGACUUGUCUUUCAAUCGAUUGGAAGGAGAGAUUCCAAGUGGUGGAAAGUUUGCAAACCUUUCUGCCGAGUCGUUUGUAGGGAACUAUGCACUCUGUGGAGCUCCCAAAUUCCAUGUCCCAUUGUGCUUAAACAAAACAGAGAGGCAACGUAAGAGCAAUGCAGCUAGAGUCAUUGCUUCUUCUGCAAUUGGAGGCUCAGCACUUUUGGUCAUUGUUUGCACACUCAUUGGUAUCUCAUGCUAUAGAAAGAGGGGGUUGUCGAAACGUCGUGACGACAUUGAAAGAUUACGAGGAACUACACUCCCAGUGAUUUCUUAUAGAGAGCUAUUGCAUGCAACAAGCAAUUUCAGUGAUGCAAACUUUCUUGGGAGUGGAAGCUUUGGGUCCGUGUACAAAGGAAUUCUAGCAGAUGGAACGACAGUGGCUGUUAAGGUCCUUAAUUUGUUAUUUCAAGAAGCAUCUAAAAGUUUUGAUAUUGAGUGCACUGUCAUGCGCCAAAUUAGGCACCGAAACCUCGUUAAAGUCAUUACAUCUUGCUCUAGUAGAGAUUUCAAGGCUUUAGUUCUCCGAUACAUGCCUCUUGGGAGCCUAGAAGUCUGUCUACAUUCGGGUGGCCAUCACUUGAAUCUCUUUCAGAGAUUGGAUAUCAUGAUUGAUGUGGCUUGUGCUCUAGAAUAUCUUCACCAUGGUUAUUCUGAGACUAUAGUUCAUUGUGAUCUGAAGCCAAGUAAUGUGCUUCUAGAUGACAACAAGACAGCAUACAUCAGCGAUUUUGGCAUUGCAAAGAUUCUAGUUGGUCUGAAUUCUUCUACUCUUACAGCCACUCUCGGAACCACCGGAUACAUUGCACCAGAAUUUGGGAUGGCUGGAAAGGUGUCAACCAAAGCCGAUGUCUACAGCUACGGAAUUCUCCUCCUUGAGGUGUAUACAGGAAGAAAACCUACUGAUGAACAGUUUGAUGAGGAUUUUAGUUUGAGGCAAUGGGUGGCUGAAGCAUUUCCUAUUACAAUUUCAGAUGUCAUUGACAGCCAUCUUUUGAACGAAAGCAACACUACUCCAACUGAAAGAUCAGCUGCUAUGAAUGAUAUGUUGGUGAUGAUCAUGGAGAUAGGCUUGUCAUGUUCAAGAGUGUCUCCAAAUGAGAGAAUGGACAUGAAGGAAGUGGUUGUAGGGCUGAGAAGGAUACGACAGAAGACAAGAAUGAUAGAAGGAUAAUUCAAAUAUAUCCAUAUGUACCAUGAGAUUCAAUUCCAGGGUGCAACCAGCCAUUGGCUAAAAUGGUCAGAAGGUGGAUUCCAAGAGGCUAAAUAGUAGGAGGUGGAAAUGUAGUUUGAUUGCUUUCAUUUAUAACUCACUUGCAUUUCUCAAUUACAGUUGCAUAUAGGAUUUAAUAAAAACAUGCUUAAUAUGCUUGUGUGUUCUAUUCCUA